CAUCACUCCUCACGCGGUUUUUGUCAACUUUCCCUUCUCCUCCACCCCCACCUAUCAUUUCCUCUUACUAUUUCCUUUCCCCUCUCUGUAAAACCCCUCUCUCUCUCUAGCCGGAAACCAGAAUUUCCCACUUUUUCCUCUCUCACAAAGACACCCUGCACACGCAGAUUCCUUCUUCCAUUACCACACGCACUCUUUCUCUUCACUCUGAUCCCCAGCCCGACCUCUUUCCUCUCCCGUGCAACCCAUCAUCACAUUUUCUUCACCCUCUUUCAUCAUAUUUGUUAUAUUUGAUUUCACUGCCUCUCUCUCUCUCUCUACUUUGAUCCAUCAUUCACUCUUCAGUAACCUCUUUCCUUAAUUUAAAGAAGAAAAAAGGGGGAGAUACAUAUAUACUGGGUCUCUCUCUCGCAUCUUCCUAAAAUUUCUUACUUUUUGCUACACAAAGUCACACCCUUCUGGUUCUUCUGCAAAGCGAUUUGUUUUUUCACUUCUGAAUUCUCCGCGCCUUGCUGGUGAGGGAAAUGAGGGAUGUUCUCGUGGCUGGCAAGGAUGGCGUCGGCGUGUUGGAAGCCAGUAAGGCGGUAUGCCCGUAUGAACAAGGAUGAUAUUAAUGACGUUGAUUCUAUGCUCGGUGACUCGCUCCUCUGGUGUCGGGACCUCGAGAAGCACUCCUUAGGCGAGUUCUCCUUCGCCGUGGUCCAGGCCAAUGAGGUCAUCGAGGAUCAUAGCCAGGUUGAGACCGGCCAAAACGCCACUUUUGUCGGCGUUUACGACGGCCAUGGCGGCCCCGAAGCGUCUCGCUUUAUCCGCGACCAUCUUUUUCUACAUCUAGUCAGACUUGCUCAAGAAAAUGGAACCAUGUCUGAAGAUGUCCUCCGGAGUGCUUUCUCUGCAACUGAGGAUGGGUUCCUUGGUCUUGUUCGUAGGACUUGGGGAAUAAAACCACUAAUUGCUGCAAUUGGUUCUUGUUGCCUGGUUGGGGUGAUCUGGAGAGGAACAUUAUAUGUUGCCAAUUUGGGUGAUUCUCGAGCUGUUAUUGGUUCUUUAGGCAGAUCUAAUAAGAUAAUUGCUGAGCAAUUGACCAGGGAUCACAAUGCAAGUAUGGAGGAAGUUAGACAAGAACUCAGGUCCAGGCAUCCAGAUGAUUCACAUGUUGUAGUCAUGAAGCAAGGAGUCUGGCGUAUCAAAGGCAUCAUUCAGGUAUCUAGAUCUAUAGGUGAUGCAUACUUGAAGAGGCCAGAGUUUUCUCUCGAUCCUUCAUUUCCGCGAUUCCACCUUGCUGAACCUAUCCAUCGACCUGUGCUGACAUCAGAACCAUCUGUAUGUACAAGAGUUUUACAACCCAAUGACAAAUUUCUCAUAUUUGCAUCCGAUGGACUUUGGGAACACAUAACAAAUCAGGAAGCUGCUGAUAUUGUGCAUAAUAACCCUCGAUCUGGAAUCGCAAGGAGACUUCUCAAAGCAGCUUUAAAUGCAGCAGCUAGGAAAAGGGAGAUGAGAUAUGAUGAUCUCAAAAAUGUUGAAAAGGGGGUCAGGCGGUUCUUUCACGAUGAUAUUACAGUUGUCGUUAUCUUCAUAGACCAUGAUUUGCUGGGUAAGAAAAUAUCUGUACCAGAGCUGUCGGUAAGAGGCUUCAUUGACACGGUUGGUCCAUCAAAUUUCAAUAUUCUUCAAGGAUUGAUGUGAGUGCUUGGUCCAUUAUCUUAAAUAAGUACCAGGCAACUUGAAUGGCUCAGUCUGGUACAAGAAGAUGGGUUCAUAAAGCCUUUUAAUUGUUCAUUCAACGUUUUUUUCAACUCCAUAAUCAUUUCUUUGAGUCUUCACUUUGUCCUUUCCAAGUUUCUUCUACAAGCGAAGUUGGAACCUGUUUUUCCAUAAGAUAUGCACCCUUUCGAUGGUUCUUGUAAGGAAAUCUACGGAUUUUUUUUCUUUUUGGAGGUUCUUAUGUUGGGGGUCUGUAUACACUCAGACGUUGUGCAAUUAUACAGUUUGUUUGAAUAAAUUUGUUGUUAUUGAA